CUGCUGACCUGACAGUCUGGUCAAAAACUAGCAUUCUUUCAAGCAAUGGAAGAAAUAUAUGAAAACGUUGCCUUUGACAAACAUGCCUGCCCAGCUCCUGCAACAGAUCCCAGAGGCUCCAGCAGCUCUAAAAGGAGGGUUUAUUUGGCUGUUAUUCUCUGUCUGGGAGUCCUGAGUGUUUGCCUGCUGGCUGGACUCAUCGUCCUUGGUGUCCAUUAUCAUAUCUCGGGUGAGAUGGUUGCAGAUCUCUUCGCCAACCAAGACGAUCUGAGUGAACGUCUUCAGGCCAAUAAGGACAUUCUGUCCUCCCUAACAGAAGAGAGAAACCAGCUAAAAGCCAACCUCAGUAAACUAACUGAAGAAAUGAACAAGCUUAAACAUUUGUCCACACAAAAAAAAACAUGUCCUGCAGGUUGGAGGAUGUAUAGGUGUUCUUGUUACAUCCUUUCUACAACAUCUGGUUCCUGGGAUCAAGGCAGAGAAGACUGCAGAGGCAGAGGAGCAGAUCUGGUGGUGAUAGACAGCGAUGAAGAACAGAAAUUUCUCUCUGAAUUCACCAAAGAACUCUGCUGGAUUGGUUUAAAUGACAAAGAAACAGAAGGGACCUGGAGAUGGGUGGAUGGAAGUCCCUUGAAUCUGACGUUCUGGGCACGUGAACAACCAGACAAUGGCAAUGACGACCCAAAGUGGGGUGAAGAGGACUGUGUACAUAUCAGGACACCUGACAGCACACUUUGGAAUGAUUUAUCAUGUGCAGAUUCUUUGCAGUGGAUCUGUGAAAAGUUUCCAAUGUAGCUGAUUUGAAAAUAACUGCAAAAGCUUUACUGUCAAAGAUAACUUUUUUUCUUUUUAUUACUCAGCACCUGUAGCUAAAUAGGUGCAACAAAUUUAUAAGCAGGUGUCAUGCUGCACCAGUAAUACGCCAGUAAUACGCCAGUAAUACAAUGUCUCUUUUUUUGCAGCAACUAACAGAUUUGUUGAUAAUCUGAAAACUUCUUUUUAACACAUCAGUGUCAUGCUUCGGAUGGGUGGACUCAAAAAUACUCAGUUUCCCAGGGAUGGGUUUAAGAUAUUUAUUGUACAGAGAUGAAUACUGAAAAUGUGCGCUCCGGCUUUUCUCCGCUCAGGGUCUGUGGACACACAAGACGGCAGUUAGAAGGCAGGCUGCUGAUGAGAACUCAAAGAGGGAGUAUGAGUUAACGUACCAGCAGUGGAAUCCAACAGGGCACAGAAUGUUUCAUCCAGUGAACAGAGAAGGGCCGCCGGGAGGUUGACUGCGGGAGGAAAAGCUGCUGAACAGAGGAGAGGUUAGAGGAGGGAUACAGGUUUCUGGCAGGGGCCCAGAAUAAGAGGACACAGAGGCCGGGAUGGCUAGUCCUGUCUUGGGGUGCAGAUAGUUCAGUCCGUAAUCCAAAAUCCAAUCCUAAAGACAAUCCAGGGGUCAGAAAGCCAAGAUAUCCAAAUAAUAAAUCAGGGCAGAGUACCAGACAGGGAGCAGGCAGAAUCAAAAUCCAGGUCCAAAAUCAGGUCAACGUCAGGCGGGUAGGAAGGCAGGAAUAUACAGGCUGGAAACGUGCAGGGAAGAACCAAGACGAUCUGGCACUGGAGGGAUGUCACAGAGCUGUAUAUAUAGGGCUUGGUACAGGUGUAGUGCAUCAGCCCUAAUCAAGAGCUGGUGGAGAUGAGGCGUUCAGGGCAGCUGGAAAAACUGAGCCCCACACCACAGAUCAUGACACAUCAGUGUUUGCAUGUUGAUUAAUAGCAUAAUGCCCUUCCCUUGCAGCAGCACAGUGAAUUAAAUUAAAUAAAAUUUAUUGUUGCUGAAAAUUAUCUUAAAGAUAAAAUAAGCAAUAGAAAAGUACCUUACAAGCCCACCUAUCAUGAACUGACCAGUCAUUCACCAAUCACCCAUCUAUUUUGUUAUUCUUCUUCACAUGCUCGUCUUCAGGCAGAGGGAGGCUAUGUCAUCAUCUGAUAAAUCUGGCACAGGGAUUCUUAAGAUGGCUUUUCUCGAUGAUGGUGCUCGAUCUUUAGCAAAUAACUUUCCUACUGAAUUAUUUACACUUUCCAAAGAUCUAGAUUUUCUGACUGAAACUUGGCAUCAUGACUCAAACUAUUCGUCCUCUACUGAACUCUGUCUUGUUGAAUACGCUUUCAUUAGUCAGCCUCGUGGACGAGGAGGAGUUGUUGGGGUUUUUAGGAACAGUUUCACAUGUCGCUCAGCUAACUUCAGCCACUUCUCAUCCAACUACAGCUGGUUAAAAUUAGGAAUAAGAACCCGUUUUACUGUGCUGAGGUGUAUCGCCCAGUAAGUUUUUUUUUGUCUUCCACCAUGAAACUGUCUAGUUUGUAGUUGAUUCAAAUAUUCAUAUUGACGAUGACUGAUGUUUUUGCUCAUGGUUUUAUUAGUGCUAUGGUCUCUUUAAUUUCACUCCGCAUGUAUUUGGAGCCACACAUGCUAAGGGUAACACUCUGGACCUGUUUUUUUACUUUUGGUUUGAAUAUUGACUAUUUUCUCUGAGGACAUUUUUAUCUCUGAUCAUCACUGUAUUCUCUUUAAUCUGCAUUUCCCCAUGUCUCUCCCACCACUUGCCAUGAAGUCAGCUCUCGCAUCCUUAACUUCUCUACUCCUAGCGUGUUUGUAAAUGUUUUAGUUUGGUUUUAUCUCCUGAUGAUGAUGCUGAUCAUUCAAUCGAUCUUUUUAAUAGUUGCUGUUUGUCUAUUUUAGACAAGGUCUGUCCAGACACAACGACUAACUCUUGUUCUAAGAUCAUCCCCCUGGAUAAAUGAUAGUAUUCAUUGCCUAAAACGCUCCUGUAGAAAGACUCAACGCCUAUGGAGGAAAACUGGGCUGCAAGUUCAUCUACUUAAAGGACCUUUGGUUCCUUUUAACAGUAGGUAAGGAUGUGAGACCUGCAUAUUUCUUUAACCAGUUUUUAAAAAAGCAGAGGUAAUCCUAAAUUGUUAUUUAACACUAUUAGUGACAUUGUUACUUCUGCUGCCCUAAUUUUCUCAAAGAUUGUGAAAACUUUCUUAUUUUUUUUUAAGUCAGUAAUUUUAGAAGCAGCAUCUCUCCCUUUACAUGUAAAAUGUCUAUUCCCAGUCCAGCUUGGCCUGUAAUUUUAGAUGUUUUUAGUUAUUUAUUUAUUUUUUUUACCUGGUUUAUGUCUAAUUUUUGAAGUUAGUUGGGCCAGUGAAAUCAUCAUCUUGCGCUAUUAAAAUGUUACCAAUAUUCCCUGUUCAAAGCUGUCCUUCAGUCUAUUGGCCGCUGUCUCCUCACAAUAACUCCUCCCUGCUGUCUGGUCAUGUCCCUGUUAUUUUAAAAAUGCUGUCAUCCACCCUCUUAAAAAAAAAACAACAACAACAAAAAAAAAACCCAACAAACUCAAUCACUCUCUUUUUAGGAGCUACCAAUCCAUUUCAAAA